UAAUUUUCUGGAUUCUGAGGGGAGGGAGGAGAGGUAUGGCAGCAAUUUUGGCCCAUCAGACUUAAUGAGUUGGCAAGGAGCAAUGGGCGAUGGCCAAAGGCAUUUAUUUGUUGGUCUAAACACUUCCACAAAAUUUUGUCUGAACAUUAUAAAAAAGAUCGUGCAAAGCUGCGAACAUUUCCUCUGCAAUGCUAGCACACAGAAGAAAAUCAUCUGCACUUCCAAGUAUCGGCUGCGGGGGUAUUCAUUUUCCUCCUCCUUCAGCAUAUUGUGGGAAAAAAUCAUCAGGAGCAAGCAGCAUUUUGUUAACAAAUCCAAAAUGGCAACAAUAUGAACUUCAUCACCACCCAUCAACUUCAAUGCAGCAACAACCUCAAUUAUCAAAUGCCCCUUCAUCUCAUUCUGCAAUUGCUUCGGCAGCUAACCGUCGUCAAACAGCUCGGGAAUCUGUUGCAAUUUUAGCUGAAAGUUGGGGUGUCUUUGCUGUUGACCCAAAUGCUGCUUCUGCAAAAGAGGAGAUAACUGAAAAUUUACUUUGUUUCAUGGGGCUUUUUGAAUUUACUCUUAAACUUGCCUGUUUAGCUUCGAUGAUUUCUGUUUGUCUACAUACCCCUCACACAAUUAGUCAAUGGCCUUCAUUGCUUUAUUGGCUAUUAAUUAAUGAUAUUUUCUGUACAACAAUAUUCUCGAUUGAUUUACUUUUAAAGAUAAAUACAAAAACUAUAUUAAAAGACCGUUGGUGUCAGUUUGACUUGACUAUUUUAUUUUUUCAUUACGCAUCUAUUUGUAUUCAUUCUGCAGAAAUUUCUGAUAAAUUAUGGCCUUGGUUAAAUAUUAAAUAUGAGGGAUGGUGGGGGGCUGUACGUUCACCCAGACCAUUUAUUAUGUUAAAAUUUAUUAGAUCAAUUAUUCGUUUUAAAUUGCCACGUAAUAGAAUUCAAAUGAUUAUAAAGAGGUCUUCUCAACAAAUUCAAAAUGUUUCCAUUUUCUUUUUAUUUUUUAUAACUUUUUAUGCAAUUAUGGGAGUACAACUUUUUGGCCGGAUGGAAUUUCAUUGUGUUCUCCCAGGGACUGACCCUAAUAAUGUUACAAUUGCUGAUCUAGCUAUUCCUGAUACAAUGUGUUCUCCAGAUGGUCAAGGAUAUGAAUGCCCGCCAACAAUGGAAUGUAUGAAACUUUCUCUACGUGCAAACCAAAUUGGUUUUUAUGGAAUGUUUAAUGAUUUUGCAUCUAGUUUAUUUACUGUUUAUUUAGCAGCCUCUCAAGAAGGCUGGGUUUUUGUUUUAUAUGAUACUCUUGAUACUUUUCCUUAUUAUUUUGGUCUCUUUUAUUUUAUUACUUUAAUAUUCUUUUUGGCUUGGCUAGUUAAAAAUGUUUUUAUUGCUGUUAUAACAGAAACUUUUGCUGAAAUUAGAGUUCAAUUUAGUGAAAUGUGGCAAAGUAGAGAAGUACCUCCCAAUAAUAGAAAUCUAGAUAAUAUUAAUCAAAAUAAAUUAGAAAAAGAUGAAGAAGGAGAUUGGCAUAUUAAAGAAGUUGAUUCUAAAUUAUUAAAUUUUGGGGUAACAGAGAGGGGAACAUUUAGACGUCUAUUACUUGCAUUUAUAUGUUCAACAACCUUUCAAACUUUUAUACUUUUCCUUUCAAUUUUUACUUUAAUUUUUUGUAUUGAAUGUUUAAUUAAAAUAUUUGGACUUGGAUGGAAUGUUUUUUGGCGUAGAGGACAACAUAAAUUUGAGUUAUUACUUUGUUGUGGAAGCAUUUUAAAUAUAAUUCCAAAACUUUAUAAAACAAAUUAUUUUACUUAUUUUCAAGUUUUUCGUCUUUUACGAUUAGUUAAAUUAUCCCCAAUGCUUGAAGAUUUUGUUUAUAAGAUUUUCGGUCCGGGUAAAAAACUUGGAGGGCUUAUUUUAUUUACUUUAACAUUGGUAAUGAUUACCUCAGCAAUUUCUUUACAAUUGUUCUGUUAUGAAGGAUGGACAGAUGUUGUUGUAGAAAUUUUACGUUCAACAAAUGAAUAUUGGGUACCUUUUGUUGCAAUUUAUUUUGUUGGUUAUCAUCUUUUUGUUACUUUAAUUGUUUUAAGUUUAUUUGUUGCCGUAAUUCUCGAUAAUUUAGAAAUGGAUGAAGAACUUAAAAAAAUAAAACAAUUAAAAGCUAGAGAAGAAACAACAACAAUGCGUACACAACUUCCUUGGAGAUUAAGAAUUUUCGAAAAAUUUCCAUCUCGCCCACAAAUGAUUGAAUUUAGAAAAAUGUAA